GUGGGCUGUGAGUGUCUACUUACAAGUUUCGGGGCUCACCCAUGGACUCAUCUCCCUCUGUGCUUCUUGGCAAACUAUAUGAACAAGCUGGAUUUUGAGAGCGCGCUUGACUUUGAUAUAUAUCCCAAAUUCAAGUGAAAAAGAGGAUGGAGACAACCAGAACUGUGGAAGAUGAAGCGGGACCAAACGCUCAAGCUCCAAAUAGAAACACGACACAGGAGUCUGAUGCAGAGCUCACAGCAGCUGCUUCAUCAUCCUCCAGACCUUUUGUCCAAGGUCAGCCUUCUUCUGCAGAAGAUCAAGGAAACCAGCUCCAAGUCCAGACCGCCUCUGCUACAAAAAAAGAAAAUGCUGUCAAGCCUGAACUGCAGAUAACUUUUACCACAUUCACGGUAAAGAAUGGCCAAGAUCUGAAAGUAGAGAUCCCUGUGGCUGGGCACCCAACACCAAAGAUUGAAUGGAGAAGAGAUGGUCAGGCAGUUAAAGAGACAUCAAGACUAGAGAUUUUAACUAAAGCGUCAUUAACUGUCCUUCAUAUCAGACAUGCUGCAAGGGACCACUCUGGUCAGUACUCUGUCACAGCAAGUAACGAUGCUGGAAAAUUCACUGGAGAAGUCACCGUGGUUGUUCUUGAAAAGCCAGAUCCACCCAAAGGGCCUGUGAGGAUCGAUGAGAUUAGUUCUGACUAUGCCAUCAUCUCAUGGGAGCCACCCGAAUAUACAGGUGGCUGUCAGCUAGACAACUACGUAGUUGAGAAACGGGAAACUACAAGCACAGAUUGGCAGAUUGUGUCAGCAACAACGGUGAGAACCACAAUCAAGGUUACCAAGCUGAAGACAGGAAGUGAAUACCAAUUCAGACUGUUUGCGGAAAAUAGGUAUGGAAAAAGUUCUGCAAUCACCUCUCCAGCUGUAAUGGCACAAUAUCCAUUCAGUGUGCCUGCUGCUCCUGGUACCCCCUGGGUGUCUACUGUGACAAAAUACAGCAUGGUGGUUGAGUGGGAGCCUCCAGUCAAAGACGGAGGCAGCCCCAUCACUGGGUAUCACCUUGAACGUAAAGAGAAGAACAGUAUUUUAUGGACCAAACUAAACAAGUUUGUUAUAACUGAUACUCGCUUCAAAACAAGCGGCUUGGAGGAAGGCAUUGAGUAUGAAUUCAGAGUCUUUGCUGAAAAUAUUGCUGGACUCAGUCCGUCUAGUAAAACAUCUGAAUGCUAUGUGGCAAGAGACCGCUGUGAUCCCCCUGGUAGACCUGAAGCUGUCGUUGUAACCAGAGAGACCAUUACACUCCAAUGGGAAAAACCCAAGUAUGAUGGUGGAAGUAGUAUUACAGGGUAUGUUGUUGAAAAGAAGGAGCUCCCAGAUGGCAGAUGGAUGAAGGCAAAUUUCACUAAUGUUAUUGAGAAUCUAUUCCCGGUCACAGGGCUGACAGAGGGGCAAAGGUAUGAGUUUAGGGUAACCGCGAAGAAUGGUGCUGGUGUUUGGAGUACACCCUCUGAAGGUGUAAUCAUCCUGGCUCAAGAUGUGAUUGAAGCACCCACUGCUGUCAUUGACCCUAAGUACAAGAUUACUACUGCUGUUCAGUCUGGGGAGACGUUUAUUAUUGAUGCCGAUUACUUUGGGAAACCUCUUCCAGAAGUGAUAUGGAUGAAAGACGGAAGGGAGAUUGACAAAGUUACACCAAGAAUGGAGUUCAAAAACACCCUCACCCAUACAACGCUCACUGUCAGGGACUGCACACGUGUAGAUGGAGGACGCUUUGUGUUAAGCCUCACCAACAUUGGUGGAAGUAUAUCUAUUCCAGUUAAUGUGAAAGUAUUAGACAGACCUGGUCCUCCUGAUGGAGAUCUAAAGGUGAAAGUUGUGAGUGCAGAGAAGUGUCAUCUUCACUGGAACCCUCCUCUAAAUGAUGGUGGUGCCCCUGUCACCCACUUUGUUAUUGAAAAAAGGGAGACCAGCCGUGUUACAUGGACAGGGGUAGAUUCUAACAUUGAAGCCAUGAGUUACAAAGUGUCAAAACUGGGGCCUGGCAAAGAAUACAUAUUCAGAAUUGCUGCCGUGAAUAGAUUUGGUGUUGGUGACUUUCUUGAAUCAGAGCCCUUCAUUGCACAAAAUCCUUUCACAACACCUAGCGCGCCGUCUACUCCUACAGCCGGUGCUGUGACUGAUGACUCUGUACUGCUAACAUGGGAAAGGCCUGAGAGUGAUGGGGGCUCAGAAAUUGAUGGCUACAUCCUGGAGAAAUGUGACAAAGAUGGUAUCAGAUGGACGAAAUGCAACAAACGAAGGCUUAAUGAUUUGCGAUUCCGAUGCACAGGGCUCACAAAUGGACAUUAUUAUCAGUUUAGAGUCCUUGCAGAAAAUGCAGCUGGUGUGGGAGCACCCAGUGAACCGAGUGAGUAUAUAAAAGUAUGUGAAGCUGUUUACCCCCCUGGUCCACCCACCAACCCCAAAGUGACAGACUACUCCAGUAGUACCACGUCAUUGACUUGGUCAAAACCCAUCUAUGAUGGUGGAGCAGCCAUCUGUGGAUUUGUAGUUGAGAUGAAAGGAGCCACACAAGAUGAAUGGAUUACAUGCACACCUAGCACAGGUGUAAAAGACACAAACUACACCGUCAAAGGACUAACGGAAAAUGCAGAGUACAGUUUUCGUAUACGUGCAAUAAAUGGGGCUGGAGUCGGAGAACAUGUGGAUCUGCCUGGAUCUGUGAUACCGACUGAGAAAGUUGAGGCACCUGAGAUUGAGCUGGAAAGUUCCUUAAGGAAAAUCAUUAAUGUUAGAGCCUGCUCAACCCUACGUCUCUUUGUCACCAUCAGGGGAAGGCCAGACCCAAUAGUUAAAUGGUCAAAGGAAGGUGGCUGUCUAAGUGAGGGUGCCCAAAUUGAGGUAACAAGCUCCUAUACCGUCUUACUGAUAGAAAAUGUUAACAGAAAUGAUUGUGGAAAGUAUGUGUUGACUGCUGAGAACUGUAGUGGCUCCAAAUCAGCAUUCAUCAAUGUUAGAGUGAUGGAUUCUCCCAGUGCACCAACAAAUUUAGAAGUAAAAGAUGUAAAGAGGGACUCUGUGUCCAUCUCCUGGGAAUCACCCCUUAUUGAUGGAGGAUCAAAUAUUUCACACUACAUUGUGGAAAAGCGAGAAGAGUCCAGGAAGGCAUUCACAAGCGUCUGUAGCAACUGUAUGAGGACUUCAUAUAAGAUUGAAAAUGUACAGGAAGGAUGCUUCUAUUACUUCCGUGUCCUGGCUGUAAAUGAGUUUGGCACUGGAGUACCAGUAGAGACCAUGGAGCCUGUCAAAGUCUCUGAGGCUCCCCCACCUCCUGGUAAAAUCACACUUUGUAAUGUCACUUCCAAUAAUGCAAGACUUACUUGGGAGAAGCCUGCUCAUGAUGGAGGAAGCAAAAUCUCACGUUACAUUGUAGAAAUGCAAGCCAAGGGUGAUGAAACAUGGACAAAAUAUUCAGAGAGUAAGGUACUGGAGAUGACUAUUGAUGGGCUGACUAAAGGAAAUGAGUAUUUCUUCAGAGUGAGUGCUGUCAAUGAAAAAGGGAAGAGUGAACCAAAGUCCCUGUUGGCACCUGUUAUAGUUAUGGAUACAAGUUCGGAGCCUGUCAUUACUCUUCUGUCCAACACGUUCAGUGUGAAGGCAGGGAAUGAUUUGAAGAUUGAUGUUCCAGUCAAGGGUCUGCCACUACCUACAGUAGUUUGGAAAAAAGAGGGUAAACUACUGAAAGAGACAAGCAGGGUAAAUGUACAGACAUCUGACUCAGUAUCUCAACUGACUGUCAAGGAUGCAGCCAGGACUGAUAUCGGCGUGUAUGAAGUGACUAUGACCAACUCUGUUGGAACGGCAUCAGCUGAAAUCUUUGUGAAUGUUUUUGAAAGACCUGGACCACCAACUGACCUCAGUGUGGAUGAUUUGAGUGCUGACUUUGUCUCUCUGUCAUGGCAACCCCCACUUCACACUGGGGGGUGUGAAAUCACUAAUUAUGUUGUAGAGAAAAGAGAUACAAGCAGCAUAAUAUGGCAUACUGUUUCAGCUACAGUGGCAAGAUUAUCCAUCAAAAUCAACCGAUUGACCCAGGGCACUGAAUAUCAGUUUCGUGUUGCUGCAGAGAAUCGUUAUGGGAAGAGCCAGUUUGUGGAAACCGAAUCCGUUGUUGCCCAGUAUCCUUUCAAACCACCUUUUCCACCAACAAAUGUUUAUAUUAUACAGGCCUCAAAGUCUGCAGUGGUCAUUACGUGGAGCAAACCAGAAAGUGAUGGUGGGAGCCCUAUUGUGGGUUAUCAUAUUGAAAGCAAAGAUCAAAGCAGUAUUUUGUGGACAAAACUAAACAGAAACCCGGUGACAGAGAACCAAUACAAGGUUACAAGUGUUGAACAGGGUCUGAUAUAUGAGUUCCGGGUCUGUGCUGAGAAUAUGGCAGGUGUUGGACCAUGGAGCAAUCCGUCUGAACCUGUAGCAGCAAGGGACCAGUGUGACCCCCCGGGCAACCUCACAGUCACCAAUAUAACUAAUACUUCGGUUUCACUCUCAUGGGUAAAACCAGAAUAUGAUGGCGGAGCCAAAAUAACUGGGUACAUUGUUGAGCGCAAAGAACUACCAGAUAGCUGCUGGCUGAAGUGCAACUUCACAAAUUUACAGGACACCUUCUUGGAAGUGACCUGCCUCACGGAGGGUGAACAGUAUGACUUUCGUGUUGUAGCAAAGAAUGCAGCUGAGCUCUUAAGUGCACCUUCUGAAACCACUGGACUGGUUACAGUGCAACAUGAUGUGGAGCCGCCCAAAAUGAUCAUGGAUGACAAGUUUAGACAGGUUUUGGUUGUCAAAGCAGGAGACCUCAUUAAAAUAGAUGCUUCCAUCUCAGGCCGCCCUAACCCAACAGUUUUUUGGUCAAAAAAUGGAAGAAAUAUUGGCAGCAAGGGAAGGGUUGAGAUAACUGCAGCAAAAGCAUGCACCUCCCUUGUUAUCAGAGAGACUGUUAGGAAAGACUCUGGACAGUAUACUCUGACCCUGCAGAACACAGGUGGUACAAUAUCUAAGUGUGUCACCUGUAAGGUGCUGGACAGGCCAGGUCCUCCUGGUGGACCUCUGGAAGUGUCUGGGCUGUCAGCAGAAAAAUGCACCCUGUCCUGGGGAGCUCCUCAUGAGACAGGUGGUUCUGAGAUCAUGUACUACAUUGUUGAGAAGUGUGAAACAAGUCGUGUUGCCUGGACCCUUGUGUAUGGGGAUAUACUGACAACUACUUGUAAGAUAACGAAGCUGGUCAGAGGAAAUGAAUACCUUUUUAGGGUGAAGGCAGUGAACAAAUAUGGGGAGGGUGAGAUUUUGGAAAGUGAACCAAUCAAGGCGCUAGAUCCCUACACAUCCCCCUCUCCUCCCACAGAUGUUGAGGUUACAAGUGCUACCAGUGACGCCAUGACUAUCUGUUGGAAGAGGCCUGCUUCUGAUGGUGGCAGUCGCAUCAGUGGUUACAUUGUAGAGAAAAGGGAGAAGCAGGGUGUCCGUUGGGUCAGGGUCAAUAAAAAAACAGUCUAUGACCUCCGAGUCAAAGCCUCCUGCUUGCAUGAGGGAUGCGAGUAUGAAUUCAGAGUUUUCGCUGAAAAUGCUGGUGGUCUAAGUGAACCCAGUCCACCAUGCCCCCUAACGCUGGCUGAGGAUCCAAAAUUUCUACCGUCUCCUCCAGCAAAGCCAUCUGUAAAUGAUUCAACUCGGUCUUCCAUCACUCUGACAUGGAACAAGCCACUGUUUGAUGGUGGAGCACCAGUUACAGGUUACAAAGUUGAAUUAAAAAAAUUACCCGCGGGAGACUGGACAAUUGGUGUUCAUAACACAGAUAAGACAGAGUUUACAGUAAAUGGACUCAUAACAGGGGCAGAGUAUGUCUUCAGAGUGAUCUCCAUGAAUAAGGUCGGUAUCAGUGAGCCCAGCCCUGAAACUGAUCCUGAAGUUGCCAUGGAGAGAGAGGAGAAGCCAAGGUUUGACAUUUCCCCUGAGAUGAGGAAGACCCUGCUUGUUAAAGAUAACAGCUCCUUUACUUUGACCGUGCCUUUUGCAGGCAAACCCACUCCCACUGUGUCAUGGGAGAAAGCAGACGUAGACCUUAGGGUCCGAGGAAUUAUCAACACUAGCAGGACUGUCAGCUCCAUCACAGUGGAGCAAGCAACACGUGAUGAUUCUGGAAAAUACACAAUUAAACUGCAAAAUGAUGCUGGAUCUGCAUCUUUAACCCUAAAUGUGAGGGUUUUGGAUUCACCUGGUCCCCCCUCUCACAUAACUGUCAAAGAUGUGACCAAGAACUCUGCCACGGUCACCUGGGACAUCCCAGAGAACGAGGGAGGAGCCGCGGUGAAGCACUAUCUUGUUGACAUACGUGACAUCAGCAGAAAGGGGUGGACAAGGCUCACGGACAAAUGCCGCCGGUCCUCCUACAAGGUGUCUGACCUGGAAGAGGGAAGAAUCUACUUCUUUAGAGUCACUGGUGUAAAUGAAUAUGGCACUGGGGUUCCAGCCGAGACCCAAGAGGGGGCCAAAAUGACAGAUACAACAGACUGGGAGACGAACCAAGGAGCCUAGGCUGUUUCCUUGUCAUUAUUGCAAGAACCAUCAUCUAUUUUUUUGAGAAGAUCACUUCUGAUCUGCAAUGCCUUUGUUGUUUCUCCUUUGAAGUGUUAAUUUAGUUCUAAAUAUUUGUGGAUUAAGUUAAACGUAUUGUGUUAUUAAAUGUAUUUUCUCAGUCAGUGAAAGAUUUGUGAUAUUGUGUUUGAUAACUAAAUAAAAAGCCUCUAUAUUAUCAAGUUAUUACAGCAAACUUUUUAAAUGCUGAUUCUAGAGACCAUACAGUAAUUAAGAUUUUUAUAGCAUCAGAAUGAACCAGUUGCACUGUUUUCUUUCAAAUGACAAUAAAAUUCAAAGAUAUUCAUCUGAAAAUGUAU